CUGCGAUAUUUUGACACUGCACUUCGAUCAAAACAAAUCCAGAAUCAACAAAUCGCACGGGAAGCUGAUAAAACUCUGAAUAAUUUGUGAUUUUUAGCACGGUAACUUGGAUCGACAGAAAAUGCACGAAGCGUACGUACUUUAUCCGCCGGAGAAGAUUCAGGUGCAAAUCGAAUCGAUGACGGCAUUCGAGAACAAACUGAUCCUCGGAACGCGCCAGGGUCACCUGCUGAUGUACUCGUUCGAACCCAACCCGGAAACGAACAAGCUCGAGAUGCAACUGCUGCAGUACGACAAAAACUUCAGCAAGAAGCCAAUCACGCAGAUCGAGGCCAUUCCCGAGUACAAACUGAUCUUCAGUCUGUCGGAUGGCGUGGUCAACGUGAACGACUUCAGCAGGCAUGGAUUCCCACUGAUCCAUACGGCCCAGAAGACCAAGGGUGCUUCCGUUUUCGCGCUGGAUGUCGUGAAAUCGAAAUCCCUGACGGGGGAAUUGGCUCUGGUUUGUCGUUUGUGCGUAGCGGUUAAACGUAAGAUUCAAUGCUAUUACUGGAAACACAGUGAACUGAUCGAUUUCGAUAAGAAUAUUGACCUGAAUGAUGUUCCGAAGACGAUCGCGUGGAAUAACAAUUGCAUUUGCGUUGGGUUCAAAACCGAGUAUGUGAUCUACGAUAUAUCAGGAGAGCCGCGUAAAAUUGACCUGUUUCCAACGAGUUCAUCGAAAUCCAUCGAGCCCUGUAUCUCAUUGAUCGAAGAUGGAGUUUUUGCGGUCGCCAAAGAUGAGUAUCUCGUCACAGUUUACACGGAGAAGUAUACAAACGAUGGUAAAGACAAGGUUUCGAGCAUGAUGAAACCGGACGCAUCUCUGCUGACGACAAAGGACACACGCAACUUGAAGUCGUUGAGUUGGAGUGAACCCUUCCAGGGAUUGGUUUGGGAUGAACCGUUCAUUGUAGGGCUGGUGACGGACGGUGUAGAGGUGCGAGUUUUCGACAACGUGGACAUGUCGGAUAAGGGAACGUUGAUACAGACCAUUCCACAGCUGCACAAGGCACGAUUCUUGGUUCGCGGAAAGCAAGGCCUCUUGUAUGCGGCGUCAGUUUCACAUUUGUGGCGCAUACAAGCGGUUGAUAUAUCAAAGCAACGGGAGCAUUUGCUCCAGGAAGAGAAUUUCCAUUUGGCAUUGCAAUUGACGAACAUCUCCGACGAAAGCCCAGAAUUUAAAGCAACCAAAGUCAACGAAAUUCAAACGCGUCAUGCCUACAAUCUUUUCGUUAACAAAUAUUUCCGGGACUCUAUGAAGGAGUUCGCUAAAUUAAACACUGAUCCAAUCGAUGUGAUUAGACUGUUUCCCGAUCUGUUACCCGAUAGUGGCAAGAAUAAACUAAGCUCAUACUCCAAAAAACCGGCACCGGUUCUUGAUGAGAAGGACAUUGAGAAUGGUCUUUUAGCAUUGAUCGAUUACCUAACGGAAAUUCGAUACAGUCUGCGACAGGAUUUGAUCAACAAAGCAGACUCGAAGCUGUCCGCUGGGAAGAAUAUUUCCGCAUUGCUCUCGAUCAUCGACACAACGUUGCUCAAGUGUUACCUACAGACCAACGACUCCAUGGUGGCCUCAGUGCUGCGCAUGAACUAUUGCUAUCUCGAGGAAUCCGAACGAGUGUUGAAGAAGUACGAUAAAUACGUCGAAUUGAUCAUUCUCUAUCAAACUAAAGGUCAACACAAACGGGCUCUUCAGCUUCUACAAGGUCAAGCUGAUGUGCCAGGAUCGACACUCUUUGGCCAUGAUCGCACCAUUCAGUAUCUGCAACACUUGGGUAACGAACACAAGUUUCUGAUAUUCGAAUUCGCUGGUUGGGUUCUGGAGAAACAUCCCGACGAUGGGUUGAAAAUUUUCAUUGAAGACGUCCCAGAGGUUGAGAGUCUGCCGAGAGCUGAAGUUUUAGACUUUUUGCUGAAGGAUCACAAGGGACUGGUCAUUCGCUAUUUGGAACAUAUCAUCAACGUGUGGAACGAGGAAAAGGCAUUGUUUCACAAUAUUCUGAUUCAGCAAUACCGGGAGAAGCUGAUCGCUCUGAAGAACGAUGUCGACGUGGAAAACGAUGUCCAAAAGAAAACUGCUCGAGAUACGAUCAACAACAAGUUGUUAACUUUCUUGAAGAAGUCCAAGUACUAUCACGCUGAAAAAGUAUUGGGCGAUUUUCCUUAUACCGAUCUGUUCGAAGCACGUGCUACCAUUCUCGGGCGCCUGGGAAAGCACGAAAAAGUGUUGGCCAUUUUCAUUCAAAUACUCGGAGACUUCGAUAAAGCCGUCGAGUAUUGUGAUCAGAUGUACGACGCUGAUGAUCCGAAAAGCUGUGACGUCUACGUUACCCUGAUCAAGACUAUUCUUACACCUCCGACGAAUCCACCCUACAGCGACGUAGAGUUGCACCCACGAUGUCUCAAACCGGACAUUGAUACCGUCCUGGCCAUCAUGGAAAUCAAUGCCGAAAAGAUCAAUCCGUACGCGGUGCUGCAAAUUCUGCCGGAUAACAUUCCACUGAUGUCGAUCAAGAACUUCCUGGAGAUUGCGUUGAACCAUCACCUGGAGAAGAAGCGAAAGACACAGAUUUUGAAGGGGCUGUGCUACGCGGAACACUUGCAAACCCACGAGCAGAAAAUUCACUACGAAUCGAAGCACUUCCUGGUGACGGAGCUGAGCGUUUGUCCGGUCUGUAAGAAGAAGUUCAGCUACCAGAGUGCGUUUGUGCGGACACCGGAGGGCAAUAUUGUGCAUUAUUCAUGUCAGGAUAAGAUUUAAGCCGUUCAAGAUGUAUUUAUAUUACAUUAUUCCAAAAUAAACGCUUGAAUUACUGUA